ACCACUCUGAGUGGAAACAUUUUAAUAUCUUAAUUGGGAAUUGGAAAUUGGUAUUAAAACUAGGUAAACCAUAGACGUUAAACUUCGUAUAACGGAUCAUUUACUGAUCGAUAUUGUCUAUUAUAUUUUUAAUAUUGAGUAUUUUAAUAAUAAUUUGAAAACUAGAUUGAUUCAUCAUGUCGUCGAAUGAUUGGAAUGAAGUAAAAUUGUUGGCAGCUGACUUCCAACGUAUUCAGUUAACCACUUCGUCCCAAAGACUAGGGGAAAGAAAUUGUGUAGAAAUAGUUGCAAAAUUGAUCAGUACUAAAUUACUAGACGUAGUAUUCACAACUGAUGGUAAAGAAUAUGUAACACCGAAACAUUUAACAAAGGAAUUAAAAGAUGAAGCCUAUGUUCAAGGAGGUCGUAUAAACAUACUGGAUGCUGCUAGAGCUUUAAAAGUGGAUCCAGAUGUUGCAUCAAACUUAUGUGAAAAGUUAGUCAAGGAUGAACCUGAUGAUUAUUGUAUUGUUCAUGGUCAAUUGAUUGGAUUGAAUUAUUUAAAUCAGAUUGCUGAAGACAUAUUUGAUAAGCUAGAACAGAAUGGACACAUAAAUUCAUUAAAAAUAUCUCAGCAAUUUGAUUUGCCUGUAGAUAUAAUUGAUUCGAUACUUGAAAAACGCAAUAAAAACUUGGGAUUUAAUCUACACAAAAAUAAAAACAAUCCUUACUUGUAUUAUACUGAUUCUUACUUUAAUUCUAUUAAAAGAAUUGUUAGAGGAGCUCUUCUAGCUAUUACUCGUCCAGUCUUAUGUACAGCUAUAAUAAAUCAAUGCUCCCUUGAUGAAAAGGAAUUUUUUACUGUAUUUGAGAAUUUGCUAGCAGAAAAACAAAUACCCGGUAUGUUGACUGAUCGAAUUGGAAAUUCAUGUACUUAUGUUCCAAAUAUACACACUAAAAAUCUACAUAAUUGGGUUAUGAAUUUUUAUACCAACAAUAACUAUUUAGAUUAUGAAGCAAUGAAUAGCGUUGGUAUAACUGAUCCAAUUUCUUAUAUAUCACGCAUGCAAUUUGGUAAAGAAUUAAUUGCAUUGACUACUUGCUCUAUUGGUCCUAAAAUAUUAGAUGAUAUUUCUGUUGCUUUAGAAGAAUGUAUUUCUAGCGGAACUUGGAUUGAUAUUAUGGAUUUUGUGCCAGUAGUUUUUGACUCAAAAGACGGAGUAUUGGUUUUAGAAUAUUUGUUAAAAAAAAAAAAAUUAUCAAAGGGUUUUCAAAUUUUUGAUGGUACUGCAUUGGUAACUGAUAAAUUUCUAGAGCUGCAAUCUGAACGUAUAAUCAAUACAUUAGAUAACAAAGUAAAAAAGAUUAUUGAGUCUGGAGAAUAUGCAAAUGCUUUGAUAAAUUGGAAAAUUCAACAAAAGCUUGUAGAAGAUAAAAAUCCUGAGCUCAGCCGUAAAGAAGAACGUAAAAAAAAAACUGGUGGAAAACAUGGUGGUGGAACACAAGGACGAGAAACUAAGAUUAAAGCUGUUAAAAAAAAAUAUGGACAAAAAUCAAAACAACGUGAUUCUGAUUCUGACGAACAGGAAAAUAAAGUUACUGCAAGUGAACAAUUUAUGAUAGAAAUUGUUAACUCUGAUGAAAUUAAAGAAAAUUUAGAAAAUGAAGAAACAUUUAAAGAUGUUGAUGAAGAAAAGAAUUCUUUAAUAGAAAAUAUUGUUUCAUAUCUUUACCCAAUUUUGAAUAAAGAAGCUCUAAAGAGAUCACAAGAAAUUUAUGAUCAAUUAAUGGCAAACCGAAUGGGUGAUCGGCGUAAAGUGCAUCAGGACUUUCGAGACAAACUUUUAUUACUUUUGUCCGAUUUGCAUUUAUAUGUUAAAGGUAUUCAAAAAUUUGAUAGUGCUGAAACUCAAGGACAGCUCAUGUCAUUCUUGUUAAAAUCUGUUGGUGGAGAGAUUAUAGAAAUAGUAAAGUGCUAUGUGACUCAAAAUAAAGAACAUAACUCAGAGUCAAAAUCUAAUCAAUAUGAUAAACAAGUUGAAGAUGCCAUUGAAAAACUACAAAAAUCAUUGACAUCUAAACUGAUUGAUGAAUUCUAUGAAGCUAUUGAUGAGUUAUUAUCUUCUGUAGAUAUAGUACAAAAAAAACAUGAUCGUAAAAAAGAAAGGGAACAUUUACAAAAUAAUCGUCAACUUCUUUUGAAAUGGUUAUCAGAGAUUGAAGAUGAUAGUGCACAAGUGCUGUUAAUUGCUACACAAAUACUUUUCCAAUCUAUUACACAGACAAUGAUUAAAGUCUCUGGGAAAUUUGUAUCUGUUCUUUUGGGAUUUUUACAAAAACAUAUAAGCGAUCAAGACUUUUCUGUUCUACAAAAUUACCAUGAUCUUGUUGUACAAAUUUUGAAAGCCGAUGAUCCUGAGGAAAAAAAUAAUAUUAAAUCUAAACUUGAAGAAACUACAUGCAAUGUGAAAAAUCUUGUGAUAAAUUUUAAAAAGUCUUAAUUCUAAUCAAAAAGUUAAGAUUUUCUAAGUUGAUUUUUGAAUGUUGUUUGGAACAGCUAAACCUAAUAUAUAAGAUUGUACAUACUUUAUGUCAUAGUUUUGUUAU